AAUUUUUAGAAGCUUCACUAAAAAGAUUUUUCUUCAGUUUUCGUUUCUACGAACAACCAGAUGACUAUCCAACCUUAUUAAAUGAGUUCUUAACUAUUUAUCAAGAAACUGACCGGUUCUUAAAAGACCCAUUUGAAGACCCAUUUGAAGACGCUUAUAAUUACAGUGAAACCUCUGAGGAUGACUUUACGUGUAUAUUCGAACUUCUUGACGAAAUGGCUCAAAGAAAUAACAAUAAUAAUGCCCCAAAUCCUAACAACCCACAAAACUCCAUGGAAAACCUCGCUCAACAGAUAAGAGCGUUGGUAAAUCAGAUGCAGCAAGCCCCUACUCCACAGGCUCUCAUGAAGUUGACUAAAGCUGUCAACAGCAUGAUGGGUCAAUUAAAGGAGGUUAAAGAAGCCCAAAGAGAAACUGGAAUAACUGGAACAAUGCACCGCGAGGACCUUGUCCCUGUUGUGGACAAAAUAGACAUUUUGCUAGGAAUUCCAGAAACAGAGGCUCAGGCCUUCUUGAAUCUUAAUGAAGAACUUUCCUUGUAUACAGUAGGAAAAGAGCCGGUAAAACCUAUCUAUAUGACUAGGCUCAAAUGCCAGCGUACUCAGGAGGAUUUGGGACAAGAAGCUGCGCCACCCGAAACUGUUGGAAACAAGACAGUUGAAUCAGCAAAGAAUAAAAAAGAUGAUGCCAAACUGGUGGAAUCAAACUAUUCUAAUUGCAAUAUCCCUCUUUCUAGACUAGGUAGCCAUGAGGCUUGGUGGAACCUAGGCAGUGAUGAUGAUUAUCCAGAUGAGGAUAUCUAUGAAUUGAUUCCUAAAGAAUCUAACGAGGAAGAAGAUUUUUACCUUGACAAAGUUGAGGAAGUUCCCUAUGAGUUGGACAUCAGUGAACUUAACUCAAAAGGCAAUAAUUUGCUACAACAGUUGUUGUCAACCUAUGAUGACAUCUUUGCCUGGACCUCACAAGACUUAGGGCGUACAAAUUUAUAUGGAGCCACAAACUUAUCAGCUUCUCCUUCGCUAUCUAAGCAACCCAAAAACUCUGCAAAAUUUAGAUCUCCACCAGUUGAAAAUCUUAAAACAACGAACCCGUCAUUUCACUCUGACGAAAUUGAGUUACAAGAAAACAUCAUAAGACGAAUAGAAGUCUUGCUUGGUGAUGUACCAAGGGUACGAAAAGAGGCUCAAGAUCGAAUUAAGAAGUCCCAGAAGAAACAGCAAGAUAGACAUAAUUGGAAAUUUCUGAUCGAAACCUACUCUAUUGGUGAUCACGUUUUGAAAUAUCGAUCUGAACUUCUGGGAACCCACAAAGGGAAAUUGGGUCAGACCUUUCUUUAUCCACAACGUCUUGGGACAUGGUGUUUACAAACUUCAAUCCUUCGAUGA